GAGAUUUCUUAUAAAUUCAUAUUAUUAUGGAUCCUUCUGAGGUAGAGUUUAUUGCGGAGAAGGAAGUGGUUCAGAUAAUACCGAAUUUCAGUCUAGACAAGAUAUAUUUAAUCGGGGGAGAUCUCGGUCCCUUUAACCCUGGGCUCCCUGUCAGUGUCCCUGUGUGGUUAGCUCUUAAUCUAAAACAGCGUCAGAAAUGCAGCAUUGUGCCCCCUGUGUGGAUGGAUAUUGACAAACUGGAGGAAAUGCGUGAACUUGAACGAAAAGAAGAUGCAUUUACACCUGUCCCGAGCCCAUACUACAUGGAGCUGACAAAACUGCUGCUAAAUCAUGCAUCAGACAACAUUCCAAAGGCAGAUGAAAUUCGCACUUUAGUAAAGGAUAUCUGGGACACGCGCAUUGCCAAACUGCGCCUCUCUGCAGACAGCUUCAUCAAUCAGCAGGAGGCUCAUGCCAAGCUUGACAACCUGACCUUAAUGGAAAUCAAUACCAUCCGAGCAUUUCUUCUGGACUCUUUGAACUGCAUGUAUAAGCUACGCUCCAAUCUUCAGCCUGGCUCCACUAAAGGACAGUUCAGUGACUAUUGAUAGUUAUGUGCUUCUUUUAAUAUAAAGUGUGUGAAAAUGUAUUUUUUUCUGUUUGUAUAUAUCUAUAUGUAUUAUAUAAAAGUUUAACAACUCUUGA